AUGACUCGGGAAAAGUCGUCGUUUUUGGAUGGACUGGUCGGAGUGAGUGGGGCGAGCUCUACCAGUUCCAUGGAUUCCCCCACCAAUUCGAGUAUAACCGAUCUUUCCACGGACGAGGAUGACUUCCUCGACCUGGAAGAGGCACAACGAAUGUUGGAUGAGGCCAAGAAAAGGCGAUUCAAACAAGAGAUGGGACCCGGUUCAGCCGAUUCCAGCGAGAAAAUGGGAUCCGGAUGGCUAGCCGCUCUCUGGGAUGGAUCCAGAUUCUGGAUGUGUGGAUUGGGCGGGGCUGAACCCACCUCUCUGGCCAUAGUCGAGGCUGCGCAUCCGCCUCCGAUGAGUGGAGGAUGGCCCUCGAGCACAGCCUUGACUGCCCCGAGGCAAGAACAAAGUUCAGCCGACUGGUUGAGCGAUCAGCAGAGAUUACUGCGAGCGUGGAGAGCGCGCGAAAAGAAGAAGCUUGAGACCACGGGGGUUGAUCUCGGAUCCCGGAGAUCCACGGCGCCCACGCCCUCUCGUGGCCCUCAACCUCACUGGAAACCCCUUCCUCUCGCGUGUACCGCAACAUCAGCAACCAUGGUGAGUUCCCAUUAUGAAUAAAAAUAUUGAUUAUUUGAAAAUGUAGUACUAAUUUGGGGUUUUUCUAGGCGGAUGCAGUUACAGAAGCCCUGGAACAGCUUACAGCUGAUCAAAUCGAACGUAAGCCCUCCUAUAAUCUCCAUAAAGAUAUCCGUUUGCAGAAUUCAGAAAAUAUUUCAACAUGUUCGAUAAAGAACAGAAGGGAUUUAUCCGGGCAAAUCAAGUCGGCCAGAUCCUCAGAACCAUGGGUCAAGCCUUCGAAGACAGAGAUCUGAAACAACUCAUCAAGGAGUUUGAUUCUGAUGGUAAUGCCAACUCAUAUCCAUUAAUAAAAAACCAAUUUCAGGUUCCGGAGAAAUUGAAUUUGAAGAGUUCGCGGCCAUGGUGGCCAACUUUGUGGUGUCCGCUGAGGACAAUGAUGGCCUUGAAGAGGAACUGAGAGAGGCGUUUAGAUUAUACGAUAAAGAAGGCAAUGGCUACAUCAACGUUUCCGACCUCAGAGAGAUCUUGAGAGCCUUGGAUGACAAUGUUUCCGAGGAAGAACUGGACGAAAUGAUCGCUGAAAUCGAUACAGAUGGAUCUGGGACUGUCGAUUUUGAUGGUAAGGUGUCUUAUGAAUCAUUAACGACAGAAAACUUGUUCAGAAUUCAUGGAAAUGAUGUCGGGAGAAUGA